AUGACGGCCGAGGAGACCAUCAACAUCAAGGAGGCCGAGGUGAUCAAGCUGAUGCUGGACUUCCUGAGCUCCAGGAAGCUGCACAUCAGCAUGCUGGCCCUGGAGAAGGAGAGCGGCGUCAUCAACGGGCUCUACUCCGACGACAUGCUCUUCCUCAGGCAACUGAUUCUGGACGGCCAGUGGGAGGAGGUGAUGCAGUUCAUUCAGCCUCUCGAAGGGAUGGACAAGUUUGAGAAGAAAAGGUUCCGCUACAUCAUUCUGAAGCAGAAGUUUCUGGAAGCUCUGUGUGUAAAUAACGCCAUGUCAGCUGUUGAAGAACCUCAAAAUAUGGAGUUCACCAUGCAGGAGGCCGUCAAGUGCCUCAACAGUCUGGAGGAGUUCUGCCCGUCCAAGGACGACUACAGCAAGCUGUGUCUCCUCCUCACCCUGCCCCGCCUCACGCACCACGCCGAGUUCAGAGACUGGAACCCGAGCACGGCGCGGGUCCACUGCUUCGAGGAGGCCUGCGUCAUGGUCGCCGAGUUCAUCCCUGCGGACAGGAAGCUGAGCGAGGCCGGCUUCAGGGCGAGCGGCAACCGCCUCUUCCAGCUGCUCAUGAAAGGGAUCCUGUACGAGUGCUGUGUCGAGUUCUGUCAGAGCAAGGCGACUGGUGAGGAGAUCACCGAGGGCGAGGUGCUGCUCGGCGUGGACCUGCUCUGCGGGAACGGCUGCGAUGAGCUGGACCUGUCGCUGCUGUCCUGGCUCCAGAACGUCUCCCCGGGCGACUUCUCCUGCGCCUUCCAGCAGAAGACCCUCAAGAUCCACGUGGACCGGCUGAUGAAGCCCAGCAAGGCGGGCCACGCCGACCUCCUGACCCCGCUGAUCAACCGCCUGUCUCCCUGUCCCGCCUCGCCCUUCCGCCAGAGGCCCCAUUCGGCCGACACCUACAUGUCCAGAUCGCUCAACCCGGCCCUGGACGGCCUGUCCCACGGUUUGGCGGCGCAGGACAAGAGGAGCAUGGAGGCGAACAUGAAGUCUGCUCUGAGCCGGAGCCUCGUGGAGAACAACGUGCACCAGCAGGAGGAUUCACCUGAGAGGAAACAACCACAGAGGCCUGAUGGUCCCAACACCACACGCACACCUCUGACUCCUGGGAAAGAUGGAGAGCCGCCCUGCAGCACAGACACAAAUGAGUGCUGUGACUCCGAGGAGCACAUCCAGGAGUUUUACAGGCAGCACCUCCGCGUACAGCAACAUCUGGAGCAGAAGCAGCAGCAGAGGCAGCUGUAUCAGCAGAUGCUGCUGGAGGGGGGGGUGAAGCCGCAGGACCGAGCCCAGCACAACCUCACCGAGACCUUCCUGAGCAGAUCGAUACAGAAAUUGGAGGAGAUGAACGCGGGCAUUGACCACAAAGGAGAUGAGGUGAUGACACAUCUCGGCCAGCAGUGGAACGGACUGACGGGAAGCGGCGGCGCCUCCAGUCAAGGGACCGGCAACGCCCGGCACACGCCAGAGACGGGGCUGCCGAGGGACAGGACCGGUGGAGUGAGCAGCAGCACCCCGCUGAGGACCGGGAGCCACGGCUUGCCCUCUCUCAGCGAGUCUCCAGUUCCGACCAGUCAAAGGUCAGAGCCUGUGGGGAAGUCCAAAGCCCAGUUUGUGAAAGUGAACCAGCUGGAGGACACACAGGCAGUACGCGCCGUGGCCUUCCACCCCUCGGGGGCGCUCUACGCUGUCGGCUCCAACUCAAAAACCCUGCGAGUCUGUGCCUACCCAGAAAGCCUGUCCACCAGUCCUGGUGCCGUCAAGCAGCCGGUUGUGCGCUUCCGGAGGAACAAGCACCACAAAGGCUCCAUCUACUGUGUGGCCUGGAGCCACUGUGGUCAGCUGCUGGCCACCGGCUCCAACGACAAAUUUGUCAAAGUCCUUCCUUUCAACGCUGACACCUGCAACGCCACAGGCCCGGACCUGGAGUUCAGCAUGCACGACGGCACCGUCAGGGACCUGGCCUUCAUGGAGGGCCCCGAGAGCGGAGGCUCCAUUCUGAUGAGCGCCGGAGCUGGAGACUGUAACAUCUACACCACCGACUGUCAGAGGGGACAAGGCCUCCAUGCUCUGAGUGGACACACGGGUCACAUUCUGACUCUGUACACGUGGGGGGGGUGGAUGAUCGCCUCCGGCUCCCAGGACAAGACGGUGCGUUUCUGGGACCUGAGGGUGCCGAGCUGUGUCCGGGUGCUGGGAACCACGCUGCACGGCUCAGGCAGCGCCGUGGCCUCAGUGGCGGUGGAUCCCAGCGGCCGCCUGCUGGCCACUGGUCAGGAGGACAGCACCUGCAUGCUGUACGACAUCCGAGGAGGACGCAUCGUGCAGACGUAUCGACCGCACGGCAGCGACAUCCGCUCGGUGCGCUUCUCCCCCGGAGCUCACCAUCUCCUGACCGGCUCCUACGACAACAAGAUCAUCAUCAGUGACCUGCAGGGUGACCUGACAAAGCCCCUCCCUCAGACAGUGGGGGGGGGGCACGGUGACAAGGUGAUCCAGUGUCGGUGGCACCCCCACGAUCGAACCUUCAUCUCCUCCUCUGCAGAUCGAACCGUGGUCCUCUGGGCUCCGGGCUCCUGAGGGCCACAGACACACACUGGUGAACAGCAGCAGGAGGAGGAGGAGGAGGAGCGUUCACCCCCAUGUGGGAUCACUUACUGCUUCACUGUGUGAUUGUGUGUGUUUGUGCACACACACAUGCAAACAAGUUGUGAGCAUCAAUCCGUGUAUGUUGCACAGUUUAAAGGUGUGUGUAUGUGUUUGUGUAUGUUCUGUGACUGAAAUAUUUUUAAGGUGGAAAAUUCGGUCACGCUCGCACAUUGUGAGCAUCAAUCUGUAUAUGUUGCAGAGUUUAAAGGCGUGUGCGUGUGUGUGUGUGCAUUGUGUGACUGAAACAUUUUUAAAUUGGAAAAUACAGUCCCUAUUAGAAAAUGUGUGUGUGUGGUAUUCUGCUAAUGCAGGGCACAAAAGUACUGUUGGAGUUUCAGUGUAGUUAAAGUUGAAGUAAAGGAGAAGCUAUGUAAAGGAGCUAAUGAUGUUUUUGUGGGUCCAUCAGAGUUUAAAUGCUUAAAAUAUUCUGUGUGCGUCUGUCGGUCUGUGUGUGUGUGUGUCUGUGUGCGUGUGUGCAUGUUUCUUUGUGUGUUGGGGCUUUGUAGAGCGUACAGAUGAAAGGGCACAGUUGUAGUUAGAUCAGAGAGGUGACUGAUAGGCCUGAAGUUGAAAGGCAUGAGUUGGUUCCCUGCGAGCACACGUUCAGGUUAGUUUAGUUGUUUCCUCUCAAUGUUAAACCUCAUGUGAAUCAGCCGGACGCUCACUUCAGAAGUGACACAGUUCAUGAAGCUGUGACCUGGACUCAUGUCGUGGAAGGAGCCACGUUCGGUUAUGCAUAUCAUAAUGUGCCUUUUUGUAACAUUUGUAGAUUGAUAGAUUUAUUUACUAUUUGCAGCUUUAUCCUUCUUGCUCAUACGCCUUUUUUCAUGUAUAGAAAAUGUGCGCACACGUGAAUAGAUUCAAGUUUUGUUCACCACAUCUGUUUUUGAGAGUGAAUUCGCACUUUGCACAAAUGCUGGAUGCUCAGUUUGCUCAGGUUUGGAAUAACAGCAGUGAACAAAUUAAUUUUAAAUGUGUAUCAGCCCCAAAGUAUUUCAAACUUAAUAAAUCAUUUGCAACACAAAAAUGAGAAGUCAGUGUUGGGAAUUCAAUCAGGCUGCACCAAAUUUCACACACUCGUAGAUAUCAGUUCCCAAAAUAUGCCUGAUUGUUUUUUUUCAUCAAGAUCCACGACUCAUUCUUUGUGAAAUCAGGAAAAACAAAGAAAAAAGAUUUCUGGAUCUUCUUCAAAAUUGAAAGGAUUCCUCUCUCACCCGAACCACAUGCUUCCGACAAGUUUCGUGGAAAUCCGCCCAAACGUUUUUGCGUAAUCUUGCUCACGAACAAACAAACAAACAGACAGACAAACAAACAGACAGACAGAGGUGAACAUGAGAGAAGAGGUUGGGAGACUGAUCUGCACUUUAAACUAAGAGAUGCUGCUAAACUGUGAAAGAGUGAAAUAAUCCAGGCACAUUAUUUACUUUUACAAGUAAGAUUUUAUUUUUAUUCUCACUUUUCACUCACCUACACAAACACCUGAUGCAUGAGAGAGAGAAGACAACACAGUCAAGUUAUGAAUCAUAUUUUACAUGAUCUGUGGCCCAAUGGCAAAUUCAGCCUUUUUGUCCAACUGCGUGGUUUCAAGAGAAAGUUUGUUGAAGUUGUCAGUGGACGUCAAACUGUUGAAUCCAAUAAAAGUGAUGUUCUUGCUUUUGAAAUUAAAUAAAGUAUUUUUAAGUUACACUUCA